AUGAAGACCUGCUUUCUACUCGUCGCUGCCGUCGCUGCCGCGGCAUUCGCCAGCGCGCGUGGUAGCACCGCGCAAGCCGCUGCCGCGGCACCACCACCGGCGACGACGAUCGGCGCAACCUGCCAGGCGGCCCAUGAUGCCGACAGUCGCGUGAGCGUCACCUUCUGCAGGACCCGACUGCGAGACGCGCCCGCCUCCAACACACGUUUCCUCGCCGAUGCCGCGGCGGCCAAGGGCGUCAGCAACGCCAAUGACGCGCGGCGCGAGAUCGCGACGGCGAUAGAGCGGCAUGACAAAGGCAACGAGCAUGAAGCCGACCCGAUAUACAGGAGCGUGCUGGUGCUGUGCGAGGACUUCUACGGCAUGAUCAGGGAGCGGUACGACGCGGCACGCCAGGCGAUCGCCGAGCAUAUGUACAGUGACGUCGAAAAGGAGCUGUCCAGCGUUCCGUCGACGGGGCGGUCGUGCGACGACAAGUUGGCCACCACCCGCGGUGGCAGCGGGGCCUCGCCGUUCCUGCAGUACUGCGAGGAUAACACGCAGAUCGCGCUCCUCACCAUCGCCAUCACCAGCCUGAUCAAGUGA